UUGGGCAAGCUGGAGUCUCGGUCGGUGAUUGGCUGAGUGCGGGGUUGUCUGCGUGACCCGGAUGAUCACUCGGGCCCGAGGAAGGAACCGUCCGCGAGACAGCAGCCACCAACCGUUACCGCCGCCAUGACUGAACAACAGCUGGAUUGUGCCUUGGAUUUGAUGAGGCGCCUCCCUCCGCAGCAAAUUGAGAAGAACCUCAGUGAUCUGAUUGACUUGGUUCCAACUCUCUGUGAAGACCUGUUAUCAUCAGUAGAUCAGCCACUGAAGAUCGCCAGGGAUAAAGUAGUAGGAAAGGAUUACUUACUUUGUGAUUAUAAUAGAGAUGGUGACUCGUACAGGUCGCCUUGGAGUAAUAAAUAUGAUCCUCCUCUGGAAGACGGUGCCAUGCCAUCAGCUCGCUUGCGAAAACUGGAAGUUGAAGCCAAUAAAGCAUUUGAUCAGUACCGAGACCUAUACUUUGAAGGAGGGGUCUCUUCUGUCUACCUCUGGGACUUAGACCACGGUUUUGCCGGUGUGAUACUCAUCAAGAAAGCUGGUGAUGGAUCAAAAAAGAUCAAAGGCUGCUGGGACUCCAUACAUGUGGUGGAAGUUCAGGAGAAAUCAAGUGGACGUACUGCUCACUACAAGCUGACCUCCACAGUUAUGCUUUGGCUACAGACAAACAAGACCGCCUCUGGCACAAUGAACCUCGGUGGCAGUCUGACCAGACAGAUGGAGAAAGAUGAGAACGUGAGUGAAUCGUCACCUCACAUUGCUAAUAUUGGGAAGCUAGUAGAGGAUAUGGAAAACAAGAUCAGAAGUACAUUGAAUGAUAUCUACUUUGGGAAAACAAAGGAUAUUGUGAACGGACUAAGAUCAGUUGAUGAUUUACCAGACACCCAAAAGCUUAAGCAGUUACAGAGGGAACUGUCUCAAGUACUGACCCAGCGCCAGAUCUUCAUCCAGCCUGAUAAUUAAAUGCCCAGGUCUGUGGCGUCACUUGCAGACAGAUCAAGCCAGGAAGCUCUGCUAACUAAUCUGGCUGAAGCUUUGAAGAAAAGACAGCAACCUUAUUGAUUCUUCGAGCUAACUGGCAAAAGCAAGGCACUGUCAGUUCUGGUUGCAUUAUUUUCUUAUUUCUUUGGUUCAGUUUAAUUUGUCCCAUUAAAAUUUGCCUAAACUACUCUACACCUUUAAAAGCCAUUCUAACCCUGUCGAAAUUGUAUAAAUGCUGUUUUAGCUUGUAAACCUAGUUCAUUCUACACACAGGCUUAUUUCACAAUCAAACACGAGGAACAUUUACUAAAAGGCAUCUUUAUACUUUCAUUUUUAUUGGUCACAAUGGUUAAACACAACCCCAACCUGGCAAUUUUUUUGCUCACGCACUGGUUACUUUUCUGUAAAGCAAGGAACUGAAAUUGACCUGCAGACAACAAUGGCGAAAUGACUCACUACCGCAAAAUGUUAUACCAGUUGAUAAAUUUCCAAGGAACAAGGGUUGUAUGUUCAGUAUUGUACUAUAGAAAAGAUGUGAUAUAAACUGUCCUAAAAUUUUACAAGCUCUAACAUAUUUGCCUUUAAGGUUCUCCCGUGUCAAUAUUUUGAGGAAUGCAAAGGUUUUUUUUGUAAAGCUUAAAAUUGAAAUGUACAUCUUGUACUUGAGCCUCCAAGCUAAAAAAAUAAAUAGAACUAGUAACUCGUAACAAGCA